AAGCUGGCACUGUAUAAAGUAGUGUUGUUGGGAGACAAAGGCGUGGGAAAGAGGAAACUCGCAACUCAGGUCAUUCAUUCCAUUUCAUUUUUGGUUAACCCGAUCAUUGAAAAUUUAUACCAAAAGCCAGUGGUCAUAGAUGGUCUAAUGUGCAUGCUAGAAGCCCUGAUGGUCGAUAGGUCUUACCAAGCACAGGGCGGCGCACUCCGAGACCAGUGGAUCAGGGAUGCCGAAGGCUUCGUACUGGUUUAUUCUAUCACCAAUUGGUCUACCUUUAAUCGUAUUCGGAGGUACCACAAACUGGUGAAAAGGGCGCGAGAAGCGGCACUGCAGGAACUGCAAUGACCGGAAACCCACACCAUUCCCCAAUCAUGUUGGUCAGACACAAUUGCGAGCAUAUAACUGAACGCAAAGUUUUGACACAAGGCGGGUUUGGUCUGGCAGAUACACUAGGCUGCGAGUUUGUGGAUGCUUCGGCAAAAAGCGCGGUAUCAAUGUUGAAAAGGCAUUUUUCAACGUUGCAAGAACCAUACGUCGACAUCAUAUGCAACUUCCAAGGAAGCCAAGGACUUCAGACGAGAAGAACUCCAAUGAGCAGGAUCGCUCCGAAAUUGUAAAGAGACGAGACCAAGAGAAAGUCCAAGAACGACCUCCAAAACCCCGAACCGGAGCUGGGUGCGGAAGUCUUGCCCAGCAUCACU